CCUCAGCAGGAGACUCGGCAGCCUGGACUGUGUUUGCCUCACCUGUUUAAAUGGACGUGUCGAGGAAGGGAGGAGAUUUGGAGGAAGUGGAGAUUGACCUGGGGGAUUCCAGUGACCCCGAGGAGCUGGAUGACGGCGAGCAGACGCCAUGGAGGGCCCCCCCUGCCCCGCAGGACCAAGAGGAAAACAUUCAUACGUCUUCUUUGGUGGAUAUCAGCGAUACCAAACCUCUGCUCGACGUCAGAGACCCUCGAGGGAUCAAUGACUGCCUCAAGGUGACAUUUGAGGACGUCAUCGCCGAGCCAGCGUCGGUGCGCAGUGGUGACCGAGUGUGGAUUUGGAGCCACGCCCUGUUUGAAGUGAGCAGAGUGUGGAUGUACAGGAUAUUCACGGCGCUUCUGGCCAUUCCCGUGUCCCUCCUCUCCGGAAUCCUCUUUGCCGUCCUCAGCUGCGUCCACAUCUGGAUGGUAGGCCCGUGCCUCAGGGGCAUUCUUAUCGGAACUCGAUGGCUGCAGAGCCUGUGGGACGUGGUUUUGGAUGUCAUCGUGGGCCCCCUGCUGACCAGCGCGGGGCGAUGCUGUGGGGGCUUCAGCGUUCAUCUGGCUGAGGAAUGACACUUUGGCAUUUCCAUUUGGACACGCCCACCAGCGGUGGACACGCCCACCAUGGUGGACAUUCUUCGGCUUGACUUACUGUAGGAGAAAAUUCCCAACAUGUUGACCGCUGUUUUGCGCCAAUGGACAUACUUCAUAAUCUCUCAUGGAAACAUUUGGGGGAAAAAAACCCAUUAGAAUUAAUAACAAAUAUAGAUAUUAAUAAUAAUAAGUCUUUUGACCUGUACUAUUCACAAUUAUAGACAUAUUUCUUUUUAUAAUGGAUUACAGAAUUGUGUUCAAGGGAAUGGGCCAAAUGAUUAGGUACACUCCUCAGCUGUUUUUGAAUACAACUUUUCUAUUGGGUCUGAUAGGAUUGUGUGUUAUACUGUAACUUAAUAACACUCAACAGUAAUAAUAAUCAUAUUUGUACAUGUCAGAUGUGUUAAAAGUUUUUUUUAAAAAUAACUGACAAGGUUAUAUCACUCAUUUAAUAUUUAAAAUGCACAGCAUCGUCU